AUGACGCACCUCCACUUCUACUUCCACGAGAUAUACACCGCGGGGCCGAACGGCACGGCGGCGGCGGUGGCGUCCCCGCCGGCGGGCGCCAGCGGCUCGGCCUUCGGGUUCGGCUACGUCGGCGUGGUCGACGACAUGCUCCGCGAGGGCGCCGACCCGGCAUCCCGCCUGAUCGGCCGCGCGCAGGGGCUCACCGCGGGCGCCUCGCUCUCGGAGGGGGCGAUCACGACGCUGCUCAACUUCGUGUUCACGGGCGGGCCGUACAACGGCAGCACGCUGGCGAUGUUCGGCCGCGCGGUGCUGGGCUCGGUGAUGGAGCGGCCGAUCGUCGGGGGCACCGGCGCGUUCCGGAUGGCGCGCGGGUACACGCAGAGCCGGAUGGUCAAGUCCGCGGACCCCGAGAACCUGCUCGUCCUCGAGUACGACGCCUACGUCCUCCACUAG